AACUCCCAGCUGAAAUACACACUCUGGAGACUUUAUACAAAUAACCGAGUGUAAAAUUUUAGCACAAUAAUCCUCCAGAGUUGAUUAGUUUCAGGUGUGGCUGUUGUACUUCCGGUUGCUCUCAAGAAUAAAAGGAGAAUCAAAAUGAGCAUUCGGGGACAGAACCAGGUGGAGAAGAAAUACGACCCCCUAGAUACCACCCUGAAGUUUGUCGACAGGAAGAAUGACUUGGAUCCGACAUGUGACGAUGAUGAUGAUGACAGUCUAAGAGCAGAGAUGUCCUGCGGCCACGCUGUCACCCCUGAGUCUCUCACACUGUGGUGUCUCCACCAGCUGGAUGAGGGUAAAUACAAUUUCAGAUGUCCUGCCGUGGUGGAGGGGACCAAACUGUGCAAUAAGCCAUGGUCGUACCAGGAGGUGCGCAGACUGGCUGAUUUGUCUGUUGAGGAAAUGAAGCACUUUGAGGAGACCAUGGCUCUCCUGGCUGCUGCGGAGUACUGCGAAAUGCAGCCAUGCCCAAAGUGCAAAACGAAUGUGGAGAGGAAGGAUCUCUCCAACCUGUGUGUCCGCUGCAUCAUAUGCACAGCCGACCAGAAGAAGACCUACCACUUCUGCUGGCAGUGUCAGAGGGAGUGGAAAGGUCCAGGCCCUCGAUCUGACCGCUGCGACAAUGACGGCUGCUUCAACAGGGACCUGCAGCUUCUGCAGACAUGCAAGACCAUCAGUCUGCCCUCAGUGACGGGGGUCACCGCCUGCCCCUCGGUCCGGGCCUGUCCUACAUGCGGCGUGAGGGUGGAACACAGUCAACAAUACUGCAAAAACAUCACCUGCCCUCGCUGCCAUGUGGAGUUCUGUUUCGUCUGCCUGAAACUAAAACGUGAAUGUUCAGUGACCAGCUCGCCAUAUAAGAUCUGUCCCAGUGGAGUGGCUCCCAGACAGACAUCUAUCCCUGUGUGGCAGAGAAAGUGAAAAAUGGGCCUGUCUACAUAUAUGUAAAAAUGAACUCUUAACGCUCACUGAUACGAAUGUGACAGAUAAACAUACUCUAAUCCAAAACAAGUGUAACUUUUUUUUUCUUUUUACAUCUGGCCUACACUGCCUCCCUCUGGCUGGACUGUGAACUGCACCUGAUGUUUUAUCACCAUGCAUUAAACUACUGAUAAUGUUACUUAUGAUAAAUUCUGUAUCUACAAAAUGAAACUGCUUGAAAAAGUUAAUUUUGAUUUCGAUUGAGAAACAUUCUGAUCACUCAAUAAAAUCACAGAAAUCUUCAUGCAUUGUAAAAAUUUGUAUUGUCUUUAUUCACAUUUACAAAGCAUCUAGAAACCUAGUUUUUCCUUUUAGAUCAGUGCUGCAACAUUUCGCUGGUUAAAUGUGGUUGACAGAAGAAGAUGUUCAACAUACAGCUUUGUUAUCAAAGUAUGAUUCAUGUUUAAAAUUUUACAAAGUUGGUGCAUGUUUUAAAUUCAUCAAAUCAGAGCUGAUGUGUCUUUAAAAGGAAAAAACAUCAUCAGGAUCAAACAAAAUAAAACGUUCUCUGAUCACUAUCACAACACAUCAAAAGUCACCACAACCUCUCUGCUGGCUACGACAUGUAUAUACACAAGAUUGGAUAUAUAUGAUUUUUUUUUUAAGCUAACCACUGCACCCCCGUGCUGCCCAUUUUCACUUCUGUGUUGAUCAAACCAUCAAUAAGCUCUGUCUCACAUCAAACCUCAGUGUUUAACUUCUUUUCACAUUGUGCCUUCCUCUCUUCUCCUUCACCCUGGGAAUGAAUUUUCUAUGAGUCUUUUCUCAUCUGUCCCUCCCCCUCUUUUUUUUUUUACACAUUUUUUUUUCUUUUCAGCUGCAUCAUCUGUCCCACUUGAGUUUAUACA